GUACAAAACCAUAUCGUAACUCUUUGCGGUUGCUCUUGGUGAUUUGCGCAUUCCCCAUGAAACAGGAGACAGUGUGCGCCAUCCCGGUGGAGUUGUUCUCCAUCGGCGACGGCGGCGCCUCGACCACCAAAGGAGCGUGUGUGUGCGCCGUCGUCGUCUUGCCGUCUCGCCCGCCCAAGUACACCCUCGUAUGCUACAACGCGCAGCAGAUCACCUACUGCGUCGCACGCAUGAACUGGGUAGACGGGCAGAACACCUCUCUCCGCCUCAUCGUGGCCCCGUCGGGGCACGUCUCCUUCACCGACGACACAAACCAGCGCUGGACGUUGUUCUUUGCGGAGGAGGCGCAGCUGGCUCGCUUCCUCGCGUGUGUUGGGGUAGCUUUCUACACGUUGUACGGCGCCCCCGCCACCACCGUUUUCCACCAAGAUUUAAGCCUACCGUCCUCUUCUCUGCAGCUGCAGGCGGCUGACAGGGCGUCGAUGUCGUUUUGUGGGUUUGAAUUGCGGGAGAAAGACGGCAUCUGCACUGUUGGUGCCAUGAAGGAGCAACGCGGUGGCCACGACGGGUCACCGCCGUACGUCUUCCAGCCGACAUCCAGCGCGGUGCAGCUCAGUCACCAUUGCCUCGGCUUCGAGGGCAGCGUCCUCGGCAUGCGGGAAGAUGACCGACGCGUUCUGGUCAUCCCACCGGGCUACACCACGCGUGUUUCUGACGCACUCACGGCGGUGGCGGCGGAGGGUGCCGUGUAUUUGGUGCAGCUGCUGCGUGUCGAGCACGUGCGAGAAGGUGAGGAGGUCAACGCCGCAACGGCUACAGCAGCGGCAGAAGGCGGCAAGAACGGUGCAUCUCCCGUCGCAUCAGCCCCACCAGCUGUCUAUGCGGCCACGGCGGAGGCGGAGAACGCAUCGAACGCGCAUGCGCUGACGCUUGUGGACUCCACCAACGCCGCUGUCGCCCCUGUGUCGACAUUUCCAGCAAUAACGUCCGCCGCAGCCGCCACCUCUACCCUGCCAGCCUUUUUCAGCCCCAGCGGCAUCCCGCCAGAGCACAUGUCCGUGUUGCGCAAAGUCGAGCUGGGUGUCAACGCGGCCGUGGCAAGUGCGCGCGACGUGCACGACGUGGCCGUCAUUUUCUCUCAGGAGUGGCGUCAGCACGUGGAGCGGCCGAAGCCGUCGCUGCUCAGCAACAAGGCGCUGCUCGAGCAAGUGCAGCGCGUGGUGGCGGAGGAGGAGACCGCACAGGCCCAACUCGACGCGUGCGAUGGCCUCUUUCACACGCUGGACUCGCGCGGUAAGGCGCUGCAGCAGCGUAUCGACAGGGCUACAGUCGAAUCGCAGAAGCUAUUGGAGGCGAAGAACAACGCUUCCACCAAGGCAAUGGAUGCGCGGCUGGAAAAGGACCGUCAACUGGUGCGGCUCAAGGACGCGCUGCUGCGGAAGCGGCAGGAGCAAGAGGACUUUCAGCGGCACAUCGCUGCGCUGCAGCGCACGGUGGACGUGUCAAACGAAGAGCUACGGCAGGUGCAGGGGAAGCGCGACAUCCACCAGGUGGAGGUGAACAGCAUGGCGGAGCGGCUCGCUGCGAUGGGCGAGACGCUGAGCGAGGAACGCCACCGCAACGCGGCCCUGAAGGCGAAGGCAGCCGCGACGCAAGAAAGCCUUCACAAGGCGCUGGCGCAGCAACGGGUGGCAGAGGGUCAGCUCACCACCGCGCGGGGCCUGGCCGAAAAGGAGCGGCUGCGCUACGUGCAAAUCAUGGAAGAAGAACGGCACCACCGUGCGCAGGACUCGGAGCUGCUCCGGCAGGACAUCCUGCACGAACUCGACGCGCGGGAGCGUCAGUUCCAGGUGGAUCGGCAUCGCUUGGCCGAGGAGGAGUUUACGCGUGGGUUGCGCGAUGGAAAGGCGGAAGGCCGACAGGCGGCGGAGACGGACCUGCUUGGCCACCAAGACGAACUGCGUCUGAACCUGCAGCGGGCCAAAGCGGAAGUGGAGACGACGAAGGAGGAGGUGCGCCGCUCGAUCGAGUCUGCGAUGGCGCUGCGCAGGACACUCGGUGGAAAGGUGAGCGAGAUGGAAGCGCUGCUCACCGAUGCGACGCGCAAGCAGACGCAGCAGCAGUACCAGCUGGCGCAGUGGCAGACGCGUUGUCGCACGGUGCGCGACACGGUCAGUGAGCACUGGCGCACGUUGGUCAGCUACGCUACCCACCCCUGCACGCGUGAGGAGCUGCUGGCGAUGAUGAAGGCGGUACGAGCAGCGGAGGCGAAGAGCUACGCAGACGACGCAGAGGGCGAGGAUGGCUUGGUGCGGGUGGACCUGCAAUUUCAGCUGUCGUUGUGGCAGCAGAGUCGCACGAAAUCCGUGGAGCAGCGUCUGCAGUGGAUCUCGGCGGACAUGGUGGACAUGUACGAAAAGGGCGCAGACUACCACUUUGAGCAUGAAUGGGCGCAGCCUGUCACGGCGGCCCACGCUGCCACGCUGGAGGCAGUUGCCCAGCUCUACGCCCAGCAGCACGGCAGCCGCAAGCUGUUUGACCUGUGUGUGCAAGAAGCGCGAGCCCGGUACGCGUUGCAGCAGCAGUGGUGGGUCACGAUCAAAGGGAUUGAGGACUGGCUGGCCGCACAGCGCACCGCACAGGACGCGGUCAAGGCGGCGGAGGCGCAGGAGAGGCAGGCGCUGUGGAAGGCGUACGUGGACGGUGGCGACGCCGUGAUGCAGCUCUGCGCCGCGCAGCUACGCGCCCAAGCUGCGCUUCUGCAAGACGAGAUGAAGGACCGCGACGACAUCGUCGUGGAAGAGUCGAAGCUGCGCGGUCGCUUGCCGGCGGAUGCGCUGCGAAUGUGGGUCGUGGAUUGCGCCGCUGCUCUUCAAAUGCUGGAGGAAGAAGAGGAAGCCGUCCGUGCUGGCCUCGAGGCGGAGGCCUACACCGCCAGCAGCGGUAUCAGGUUUCAGUUUGCGUACGCCCACCGCGGCGUCGAGGAGGCGGUGCUGCGGCGCACGCAGCAAGUGAGCGCGUGUGCAGAGGAAGCAGAAGCGCGGCACACGCUGGAGCGUGAGGCGGUUACUCAACUCGGAGGAAUCCGGAGAGAAGCAGCAGCCGCACUCGCACCGCCUCCGCCGCCUCUUACGGCGUUUGCGGAAGAGCCGCCCGUACCGCCGACGUCAGCGGAUGAGCAUCCUCCGCCCCCUCCCCCCUCCACGACAGCGGUGAACACAAUAACGGAAGCCGACGAAUUGAAGAACGAAGUGGUCCACCGAAACGGUGCAGAGGAAGCGAUAUCUUCGGACACGCCUGCAUCUGCACCAACGGCUUGGAUAAACCCUGAACCAUCGCCGGAGGGAAUGGGGGAGGGAGUGCCACCGCGCUAUGCGGGUCCGACCCCGCCACCGCAGUCUUCUACUGUACCAGCAUUCACCCUCACCGACCCCCCGCGUGUGCGACGCGACGUUCCCGCGUAUGCCGUUCUCGAAGUCCGCAGCCGCAGCAACAGCAGUGCAGAUCCAUUGCGAGACAACGUCGUCUUUUCCGAUGUGCCUCCGCCACUGCCGCCGUCAGACGUGGAGGAUGAAGCAGAGAACAAGGCUAAGGCCGGCGCUGCGCCUCCUUCACCGUCACCGCCACGACCGCACCCACACGCGCCAUCUGAGAAGAAGCCAUCGGACGCGCUAUACCUCGACCGCGACGCCCCGCCGCCUCUCCCGUCCGACGACGACGACGAGGCCGAAAAGGCGCCAGCGUCGUCCAACUCUCCCGCAUCGUCGGACUUUUCGUCUUCUUCCUCAGCGGCAUCCUCCUCUCCUCCUCCUCCUCACGCCACAAGAUCGCGCGCACCACCGACCACCACCGCCGCCACUACCACGAUCGCCGCCUUUAAAAUGGAUGACGAAGCGGCAGCAGAAACAGAUGCAACCCAAGACGCAGCUCCGGCCUCUGUUGAGCCAAAGAAACCAAAGUACAUGUUCGGCGGGAGCUCCGGUGAAGACGAUGAUGAUGAUGAUGAUGAUGAUGAUGAUGAUGAUGACGAUAGCGAGGACAACGCGGGAGGAGCGGCUAGUGUGUCGCAUCGUCCGUCACCGGCGUCGGCGCAACGUAGUGCAGCGAGUAAAGCAGGUCCGCCGCCACCUCCUUCGUCCGCGAUGAGUACGCUGGCGAAGCCGAAACUUUUCGACAGCAGCGAUGAGGACUAG